AUGUCGUCUCAACAAGGUAGUCAUCUAUUUGUUCUCAUCCAUGGGUUAUGGGGGACACCUCAACACAUGGGCUCUCUCAAAGAAAGCCUUCAACACUAUAUCGAUUCAAAAGAAAAUGCCAUUUUCUUAUUGCCGUCACAAAACUCCAAAUUUAAAACUUUUGAUGGUAUUGAAGUGUUGGGUUAUAGGGCCCUCCUUGAGAUUUGUCAAUAUAUUAGGAGGCAUAAUGAUUUACAGGAAUGUUCUGAUCAUAAACGCAUUACACGAAUUAGUAUAAUUGGAUAUUCACUAGGUGGUCUUGUGGCCAGGUUUGUUGUAGGUAAGAUGUUUACAGAAUGUCAAGAAUAUUUUUCAGGGAUAGAGCCAGUACUAUUUUUAACGAUGGCAAGUCCGCAUCUAGGUAUAAGAUUCUUUAAUCCAUCAAAUAGUUUAUUUAGGACAAUUUUAGAUCCUGUAAUGACUGUUCUUGGCUCAAAUGCUCUAGGGAAAAGUGGUAGAGAACUUUUCAUUGCCAAUCGAUACAAUGAUAUAUUAAUAAGAUUGAGUGAAGGUGAAUUCAUUCAAGGGUUAGCUAAAUUUAAACAUAGGACGGUGUGUGCAAAUGUAAAGAAUGAUAGAACUGUUGCAUUCUACACGGCUUUUAUAACAAAUCAUGACCCAUUCAUUGAAAGUGGAAAUAGUGUAAAUUACACAUUUGAAAAUAAUGUUCCAGGAACUGGAUACUCCAAUAUUAUCCCAAGAAUUGUUGAUUUAACACGAUUAGAUCCUAAAAAUAAACAUGUCAUUGAAAAUAAACGUUUGUCGCUGAAUGGUAAGUUGAAGCUGUACAUAUUGUUACCUUGUCUAUUCUUGGUGUUUUUUCCCAUUGCAUUACUGGUUAAUAUAUCGGGAACUGUUUAUAGAUAUUUUGCCACAAUUAAAUAUAGAAAGAUGAUCAAGAAUGGAAAUUUACCAAAUGAGUUUCGAGAAAAGGUCGGUAUUAGUGAUAGGUUGGAAACAUAUGUCAGUGCUACAUAUGAAUCUAUUCUAAAAGAAAAUGAAUCAGGCAAUGAUGGCGAUUUAGAAGACGAUGAUGAUCUUAUACAAAAUGGGGGAAAAUAUAAUCAAUCGAUGAGUAAAAUUCCUACCAUGGAUAGAAAUUCAAGAGAUAAAAAAUGGGAUAUAUUUAUUCAAAAAUACUCUAAUAUUGUAGAUGAAAAGAAUAUGUGGUAUAAACGCUUCGAUGAUCUUCCUUUUGAUAAUAAGAGAAUAGCAAUAUUAAAAAACCUGUCUAGUUUAAAAUGGAUCAGAGUUCCGAUCUAUGUUAAGGCAUUAAAUGCACAUGGCGGUAUCAUUGCUAGAAGAGGUAUCGAUGAAGAUACACAGCCUACAAGUCUUGCCUCUAUCCAAUUUGUUGGUCAAUUGGUUGAUUAUUUAACUUCGACUAAUUAA